UACCGUAAACGUACUGACUACUGGUGACUGGUACCCUGCCACAAUUUUCAUGAAACAUUUUAAAUUUGAUUUUAAAAAAGACUUGUGGAAAUAAAUCGAAUAUGGGAAACGUAGUGAUGAAACAUAGAAAGGAAAGAAUGCAAAAGAGAGCACAGCAGGCAGGUAGGAUCGGUAGGAUCGCAAAUGUUUUCUUAUCUGUCGGAAAAAAGGGAACUGCACCAAUCACAGCGGGGACAACAGGCGGGGGACCACAGCCUCAGCUUGGCACUCGGCAAGUUGACACAAGUAAUGCCACGAGUUCAUCAUGGAUGAGACCUUUUCAAAAGAGUUACAGGCAUAUUGAUAAGGCGGAGGAGACACCAACCUCAUCUUUCAACGAAGAGCGUUCAGUGAGACAGGCCGAACGUCAGAAACUGGCUCGGGAAGAGACCAGAUACGGCAGCGCCCCAACUAACCUAAACUAUGAAUCCAUGCUAGAAUCUGAAUUUGACGUGACCUGUGUGAUGUGCAACAUGGUGAAGAAUGACGUCAUCCAUGAGUGCAGGAUCUGUGGGAGGUGCUCUCAUCAGACCUGCCUUGAAUAUAGUGGCUACUGCAAUGACCUCAACUUUGCCACUGCCUUGAAGAACUCGGAAGAGCAGGUGGGAUGGAGCUGCUCAGAAUGUGAGGCCAUUGGCAAUCACCUAUCACAGGAGCAGAUGAAUGAUGUUAUGGAGAAGUUUGACAACUAUGACAAAGAUGAAGAUUCAAAGAUAUCCUGGGCAGACUAUCGUGCUGUUGAAAAGGCAUCAGCUACUGAAAGUAAUGCCAAAGAAAAGUUCUUUCAGUACGACACUGAUGGAGACGGCAUAGUCUCCUGGCAGGAUUACCUUCUAGUUGAAGCUAUUGAUAUUCUGGAGAAACAACCACAGGUUAAAUUGAUGAUGUACCUGACUGCUAAGGAGAUAGAGCGCAUCAAGAAUUGUUUUCGGAUGAAGGAUGACCACAACACAGGAAUCAUAUCCGUAGCUGCAUCAGCCGAGGCUUACUACAACUGGCUCACGGCUCAUGGGUUAGAAUCAAGUCAGGAGGGAAGAGAUGUCCAGAUACAGAUGUAUGACCCCUCAAACAAGCGAAAGUUGAUAACUUGGGAGAGGUUUAUCCGCCAGCGGGCCCUGGCCAUCCUCAGUGCACGACCCAACACCGCUACCAUCCCUCCAUAUAUAAGAGGACAUCCCAUUACAGCGUUAUAGAUCAUGCUGCCACGGAAUGAUCAUUGGCAUGUAAUCCGCAUAGAUCAUAUCUGCACAUGUCAUAUUUUCUAACACAACGCUUACAAUGGAAGUCUUUUUCCAUAAAUAAUUUUUAAAAGUUUAAUGCAAAUGUAACACUUUGAAGAAAAAAAUUAUAUAAAAAAUGAAAAAUAUUUGUAUUUUAUAUUUGCUUACUUAUUUACAAUUCAUUGUCAGAAAGUACCUUUUAGUAUUUUAUGUUCAUGUUGUCAAAAAAAGUAUUUAUAUAUAUAUAUAUAUAUAUAUAUAUGUAAUGC